AUGCCGCUUUCUAGUCCAACCUCAUAUAACAAUCUGACCCUUGAUUCUCGACUCAAGUCUUUUACCAAGUCAAAAUCCAAAGCAUGGCCCCACAAUGCUUCAUAUAAAGCAACUCCAGAUACACUGGCCAGAGCAGGAUUUGUGUACACUCCGGAUAGCACCCGAAAGUCGGACCGUGUUACAUGUUUCGUGUGCGGAAAGACGUUAGGAGGCUGGGAGCCUCAGGAUGACCCAUUCAAGGAGCACGCAGAACAUAGCCCGACAUGCAGCUGGGCGUUGGCGAGGUGCUCAAUCGAAGCCUUGCGAAUCAGUCCGGAAAGUACAGAGCUGGUUUUUUCAAACGAAGAUUCGCUGCCUUCAAGUGCAACACUCGAAACAGCUCGACUGGCAACAUUUGGAAAGUUUUGGCCUCAUGACAGUGUUCGGUCUCAUUCAGCUAAAUCGAAGCACAUGGCAAAAGCGGGCUUCAUAUACACACCUACUCAGGAGUCUGAUGACCUCGCUUCGUGUUUCUACUGUAAUCUUGGAUUAGACGGAUGGGAGAGUACAGAUGAUCCUCAUCACGAGCACCAACGUCGUCGACCUCACUGCGCAUUCUUUUCGGCUCGCGUUUCGGCUGAAAACGAACCCGAAGCACAACCUAAACGUGGAAAAGGGAAAUCUUCCAAAAAGCCUCACUCUGAAGAUCUUGACGAGGACGAAGAACAGCCUCCGCCACCCCCCAAACCCAAAAAAGGCGCAUCGACUGGUUUGAAACGGACCACAUCUAAAUCAUCCAAGGCUCUCGCCCCUAAUGAUCCUGAUUCAGUCAAACAAGAACCCGGAGAUGACCCUCCUCCGUCGCGCAGUAAAUUACGAAAGAGCCAGAGUCAUGGUCAAUUACAACUCGGACGGUCAACACUUGAGAAGAGCAUGACUCAGCCAGAACGAAGUCAGAGCGCAUUGGGGAAGUCGGUGAUGGGAAGAAGUCAGAGUCAAUUGGGCCACCGAGCACGAAACGGAGUCAUAGAGGACGAUGAAGACGAGGGUGAUGACGAACCGCCCCCAGUUCCAGCAAAAUCUAAACCCAAGGCCACAGCGAAGAACAAGAAAGGGCUGCCCGAGCCUGAGCUCGAGCUGGAAGACUCAGAGCCGGUACGAAUGAAACCCAAGAAGAAGACGACAAAGAAGCCCACUAGCGAAGCUGAUGACGAGGUCGAACCUGAACCGGAGCCCAAAGCAAAGACCAAGGCGAAAGCGGGGAAAACCAAGGCUAAGGCAGUUGCUGCACUGGAACCGGAACCGGAGCCCGAACUCAUGGAAGAGGAUGAAGCACCUCCACCACCGCCCAAGGCAAAAACCAAAGGCAAAUCGAAGGCCACAGGUGUGAAGGGAAGGAAAGGGGGGAAAAGGGCUGCUGAGGAACCAGUCGAACUUUCAGCUGCUGAGAUGGAGGUUGGGUCCGGGGCUGAUGUCGACUCGGUGGUCGAUGUCGAAACGGAACCAGAACCCGCUCCCAAAAAGACGCGCACAAAGAAGACAGCAGGAACGAAAAAAGUGACCACGAAGGGGAAGAAGACCAAAACUAAGGCCGGAACUGGAGACGAUACCGAGUCGCAGGUAGAGAUAGAACCAGAAGAUGUUCCGAUGCAGUCACACCCAGAAUCGGAGCGUCCAGCAGCAGGCACUCCUCGACCACCAUCUCGCCUUGCUUCCCGCACUGAAGAACAUACUCCCCGUGCUACUACCGGCAAUGGCAAGUCCAAUACUGGAUUGCCCGUCCUGUCGCGCUCGACGCCCAGCCCAACACGCAUCGCCCGACCUGGCACUUUCGGGACACCUCGAGGACCUUCCCAGCCCGGUAGCGCCGCAAACACCCCCAAAGGAACUGCAGGAACCGGUAUCGCACGACCGCCCAGUGCAUCCGGAAUCGCAAGGCCUCCUAGUGCGUCCGGGAUUGCCAGGCCCACCAGUGCAUCUGGAAUGUUAAAAUCUCCUGGAGCACCCGGAAUGCUGAGGUCCCCUGGUUCGUUAGGCAUCGUUAGGCCUCCCAGUGCAACUGGGAUUCCGCGACCUGGUACAACAACUCCGGGCUCUGCAGGAGCUUCUCGCACAGGCCUUCCACUCCGCCAACCAAGUCCUACGCGACCCGGUGUUACACGACCCAUAUUUGGAGCUCUUAAUAAAAAUAGUGCAAACACCGACGUUGUUAUGGCCAGUCCGGGCCGGCCCACUGGUCGUCCAACAACUGGGCUUGGAAGCCCCACUCGCCCAGUUUCCAAGCCAUUGCCACAAGUACAAGCAGCUGUUGAAUCGAACGUUCCCUUCCCGAGAGAAAGCAGUCCUAUGACCCCAGCGCGAACACUGAAUGUCGCCAAGCCAGUACCAUCUGCCCCCGUUCCUGUCCCCGUUCCCGUCACAAAGCCUAAUUCCAAACCUCCGGCAAUUGACAUGGCCCUUGCUGAACUAGAUGCCGAAACUCGAGCCCUGACGCUUGAAGCCUAUGUUCGACGCGAAAUGGGAAUACAGUACGAGGUACUCAAGGCUGAGUGUGAACGAGAAAUUGAGGAUUUCUUAAAGGCUGCGAGCGAGACGAGAGAGAAGAUUGCCGCGCUAUAA